AUGCUGCUCUGCAACUUUAACUUUUUUUCGGUCUUGAAUAUGAUCUACUAUUUGGGGGUAGGAAAUCUUAGUUGUUGCAUAGGACUGGAGGCAAAAGUGGUAGCAGCAGCAAUUAUUAUCGCCGGCCAGCCGUGGGAGUGGAAGUGGGUGGCGCGAGACAAACGAGCGCUUUGUCCUCACGUGACCUCACCUCGCUUUUCCCAAUAUUAUAAUCUCGUUUGCAUCGUCAAUUUUUUUCUCGACAAAUAA